AUGGAUGAGUUAAAGAACAGAGCUGGUGAGAAACUCGAAGCAUUACAAUUAGCAGCUAAAACUGCUGCCGAUGGUGGAAAAAAUAGAGUUCAAGAUGUUUUUUCCCAGGCAGCAGAGAGUAUUAGAAAGCUCCAUGAAGCGUUUCAAGAGCUUUGGCAAAACGAAUUAUUCGCCGAGUCUCGUCAAAGGGUGGUCGCUUGGACGCGUGAGGCGACGCAGCGGAUACGUGAGGGCGCACUGCCAUUGUCUCCAGUACUAUUGUAUGAAGAGCUUGUAGCACUAUUUAAGGACAGAGUAUGGCGCCGCAGCGUAAUAAUAUUCGUGUGCGGGGCGGCAUUGGGCGGAGGCGCCGGACUAUGUGUAGGGCUCCGCGCAGGAGCUCGAGCUCCGUCCGGGCCGCACGCGCGAGCUCUUCACUCGCAGCCCGACCAGUCGGUCAUACUGGUGGAGGACGCUGUAGCGCCCGGCGCCGGCGCAGGUGAGGUAUUGGUGCGAGUGCAAGCGUUUAGCGUUUGCCCUGUAGACCGGGGUGUAUUACGAGGUCGCGGAUCUACGCUCCGCUCGCUUAUAACUAGGACCCAACUCACUGUCGGACGCGGUUUUGCAGGCGUGGUAUUGGACGUGGGUCCAGGCGUGGACUGCUUAGAGUUGGGCGAUGAGGUGUGGGGUUGUAUCAGCGAGUGGGCGGGGGGCGCGGCCGGGGAACUACUCACUGUGCGCAGUACAAGAGUAUCGAAGCGGCCCCGUUCCGUUGCGGCAGACGGUGCGGCUACACUGCCCUGGGCUGCCAGCGGAGCCCUAGCGGCGUUGGAAUACUUAAAUCUCACCCCGGAGACUGCUAAAGGCAAGAGAGUUGCUAUUUGCGGGGCAGCAAGUGGUGAAGGUUGUGUUUUGGUACAACUGUUGAGCUCAUGGGGAGCCCAUCUCACAGUAUUAGCUCCAAGGCAAGCCGCAAUGGUGUUACAAGACUUAGGUGCGCAAGAGUUCGUAGACAGUGUAGAGUCGGGGUCGUGUUGGCGCGCGCUGGAGCAGGCGGGGGCGCGCGCGGGGCCCUGGCACUGCGCCCUCGCGUGCCCCGGGGCCCACGCGGGGCCCUGCACCAACCAGUCCGCCAUACUCAAAGCCACCGCAGCAAAGAAUGCCAUUGUGGAUCUUAGACCGCAACCUUUCAUAUCAGAUCGACUGCCGACACCACUCACUUUUGUGUAUGCCGUCUCUUUCUACACCUUCAGAGCGUUAAGGUGGCUAGUGGGUAUGGGCAGUCAUACGGAUUGGUUAGAAGAUCCCCAUAGAUUGAGACCUGGAUUGGAAUAUAUAGCUGAGCUAGUAGACACCGGCCGCUUGCAGCCCGUUUUGGAUAAGGUUUUCAUGCCUCAAGAUUUCGAAAGUGCUUUAGCUCACGCAUGCAACGAAGACGCAAUAGGCACGACAGUCAUCAGAUUCCCUUAA